AUGGAGGAGGAGGACAGAACUCCAGCAUUUAAUGAGUGGACAGAGGAAGAGAAGGCCAAAGAAGAGAUUGAGAAGGCAGGGCAAGAGAGCCCGCGGGAAAAUAAGGAGAAAAGGGGUGAAAAGAGUCAGAGCUUCAGAGCUUCAAAAAUCGGCCACCGAGUGGACCUUGAGGCCGUCCCUGGAAACUUCAGAGGGUGCCGAGUCAGUGGCUGGCAGAGCGAGAUCCCGAUGGUAGAGGGCAAGAGAACUUCUUUCACGCUGUCCACCUCUUCCGCCGCUGAAGCUGAAUCUGAUGCUUUGGUUGGCUGUAUGGAGGACGUUAUCAUGGAUGCCGAGUUCCAAGUACUGCAGAGAACUUUCAUGGACAAAUACUACCAGGGUUUUGAAGACACAGAAGAGAAUAAACUCACCUACACGGCAAGUUUUAAUGAAUGUUUUUCUUUGGUAGAAAAGUAUAUUGAAAAACAGCUGCUGGAGGGGAUACCCGGAUUCAACAUGGCAAUUUUCACGACAACGUUAAAGCACCAUAAAGGUGAAGUGGCUCAUGACAUAUUCAACAUGCUGCUCACAUUUACAGACUUUCUGGUAUUUAAAGAGAUGUUUCUAGAGUACAGAGCAGAAAAAGAAGGCCGAAGACUGGACUUAAGCAGUGGUUUAAUGGUGACUUCCUUGUGCAAAUCAUCUGUACCAGCUUCCCAGAACAAUCUGCAGCACUAG